CAAACUCCUCGACAAGGAACUAAUAGCUAGACGAAGCACACAUCCAUUCCCUUUGCCCCUUAUUAUGUAGCUUUUGACCUCCUCCACAGCUAUCAAUGACCAGUAUGGCGGCAACUGGUGCGAUCAGCUCAUGUCACCUGAACCCCAGAUGCUUUGCAGGCAGAGAUACGACUGCGGCUCCGACAAUAUCUACUGCUGCGUUCCAUCAAUUACCGCCUCAUGUAUCAAAAGCGAUCCACCCUCUCAGAUUUGCAGAGUCUGUGUGCGAUCAUCGCGGUUUUCUUCUGCUGAGAAGUGGAGUACUUGCGGCAGCAUUGUGCAACGUGGGCGGAGGAAAAAGAACUAGAGAGGCGGGAUGUCGGGCCGCAGACAGCGCAGGCGCAGGGGGUGGUUCAAGGAACGGUGCGGCGGCAUUGCCGCGACGGCUGUCAAGCCGCCGCGAGGCGGAGCAGGACAGACAGUUUGUAAUGGAGCUGCGGCGGGUUAUGGACUCCAAAAACCUGCCCAAGCUCAACGUGCCUAGCCCCGCCCAGCUCUCCGACAGGCCAGAUUUAGCCAAGGGCCUUCGAACUCGCGGUCAAUUCCACGUUGCCCGUCUCCUUGGCCAAUACGCUGCUUCCGAGAAGUCUUCGCCCCCCUCGUCCCGUCCCCCAGGCUUUCCAACCCCCGCACCGAUUAUUUCCCCCUACGACGCCCAGAUCUCCCCUCCUUCUAGUUUCCAGACACCGCCUCUUCCCCCCCAGGCCAAUGUUGGUCUCGCCUCCACCCGCCAAGCAAGGACACAACCCGAAAACCCCACGAUUUUGGAGCCCGGCACUCCGUUGAGACCCUCGCAAGAAAGCACGGCAUCCGUCCCGCCCCCGAGCGCAAACAUGGACAGCCCACCAAAGAUCCCGGCGUCGAUUUUCGACCAACUAGAAGCGGACGCUCAGCGAGCUCCCGCUUCCGGGGGGGAGAAGAGCGUGCGAUCUGGCGCCAAGGGGUUCCCCCUGCCGUCAAGGGACCCCCAGGCGACGACGAAGGCGGUCGAGCGGCUGAGGCAGCUGGGCAGUGCGCUUGGAAGCCAGGCUCCGGCUGAUCCAACGGCUCAGGCAGCCUCGCUGCUGUGGUCAUCCAGGCCUAUGACGUCACCCCCGAAGGCCGUGACGGCACCGGUGCCGUCGGUGACGGAGCGGGCGGCGCGCUUCCUGAAGACCGGGAAGAUGGAUGCUGCCGCGGUGUCGGAAGUCUCGACGGGCGUGCAAAGCGAAGACAUUUCCGGCGAGGUGUCUUCAGACGCUCGAACUGCGAAGGCAAUUGCGGCCCAAAAAGCGGCGCUGCUGAAGGCCAAGCUGCGUCAAAGAGGCGGCAGUCCGAACGCCGCGCCUGCCGCGCCCGCCCCACCUGCCGCGCCCGUCGCGCCCGUCGUCGGUUCUCUGCAAAGCCACAACGAGCAACUCUAUCGGGAGAUCCUCAGCGAACAGCAGGAACUGCAGCAGAUGAGCCUGUCGGAGCGGCAAGUCGAAGACGACUUCAAGGCGCAGACGUUCCAGGAGUUGAACCGCAUCAAGGAAGUGCUGGCGAGCCGGGAGUCGGAAGUCGCCAGCAUGGGGGAGGCUCUCAAGGAGGCGCGGGCCCAGUUGAAUCUGCUGCGCGCCAAGUCUGCGGCCGAGCUCUCCCAGGCGCGCCAGGAGAUGAUCGAGCUGCAAACGCGGCUGCGCUCCACUGAGAAAGCGCUCGAGGGCCUCAAGCAGGUGCGAGUCGAGUACUGGGGCGUAGGGGACGUCGUCCAGCUGGCGGGCUCCUUCAACGGGUGGAACGAGCACUUUACACUGGAGCCGGACUUGAGCACCGAGAUCCCUCCCCCAGGGGGCGGCCGCGGACCCAUGGUCUUUGCGUGCGAGCUGCGGCUGUACCCGGGAGAAUAUGAGGUCAAGUUCAUUGUGGAUGGCGUCUGGCAGAUCGACUCACGACGAGAGAUUGUCUUCAAAGGGAUGAACCAGAACAACCUACUGAGAGUGGAGUAAAGUGGGCUUCGCAUAUCAGUACCCUGCGGCGGUUAAACGUAAACCGUGCAGAGCGCCUUAGGAAGCAAGUGCUAAAUCGGGGCCGUGUUAACUUCGAGGUUUGUCGUUGACCGGAAAGGAUGAGAGCUCGUGUGCUCGAAUCGACACAAUGGGGUGGAGUCAAUCUUUUACAAAAUUCAAAGGUACACGUGUUAAGUUCUGCUUUAGCUGAUGCAACAGUGUGCAUUCGUGUACGUGGACCAAUAUGUAGAGGUCGGAGCUAGGUUUGAGCAGUCUUCGGUUUAUGUUUGACUUCAGGACGCUGUUAAGGGGUUAUUACGACAGCCGAAGGCCGUGUCUUUGAUGAGCCGGAAGGGCAAGCAGGGUCGGUGUCGUUGCAUUUGAUAAAUUACAGCAGUCAUAAGUUUGCAUUAUCAAAGUAUUUGAUUGCCCUGGCGCGGCUGCACCGUUCAAUGGUCAGCCCGCUAGGUUGGCCAAAUCUAUACGAUCCGUAGCUAUUAUCUGCGAAAACCACUUUUCCGCCA